CAAUACCAUCACCUCACUCACACAUCUUCUCUCGUUUUCCUUGUUAGUGAAUAACAAUGGGUACCAAAUUUGCAGCGGCCAUAAUUGUGCUCUCUUCUCUUCUAUGUGGUUCGUUUCUGGUGAGCGGGCAAGCGUCUGAGAGCUGGCGGCAUCAGCUGAGGGAAGAAGCUCAGCAGUGCCGGCUGGAUCGGCUCAGCGCCAGGCCGCCCUCGCACCGGCUCGAGUCGGAGGGAGGCGUCGUUGAGCUGUGGGACGAGUCUGAGGAAGAGUUUCAGUGCGCUGGAGUUGGUGCCGUCAGGAUCAUCAUCAGGCCCAACUCACUCUCUUUGCCCAAAUUCCAUAGCUCCCCCAUGCUCUUUUACGUCGAGCAAGGUGAAGGGGUUGUGGGGCUGAACUACCCAGGGUGUCCAGAGAUCUACGAGGCAGAAUCAGGGGAAUUUUCAACGACACCAGCAAAGCGCAGAGGCCGUGCAGUCCGCGGGGUCAGAGACCAGCACCAGAAGGUUCACAGAGUCCGCCGUGGACACAUUGUCGCCGUGUCGGCCGGUACCGUCGAGUGGCUCCACAACGACGGCAACAAAGACCUCAUCGUCGUCGCCUUCAUGGACCUCAACAACGAGGCCAACCAGCUCGACCACCAAAUAAGGUCAUUUUACAUGGCGGGUGGAGCUUCAAGGGAGGGAAGGCAGGAAGGGAGAGGAUCGGAGUAUCUGGUGAACAUCUUCAAUGGGUUCGACGCUGAGCUGCUGGCGGAGGCUUUCCAGGUUCCUCGUGAUCUGGUGAGGAAAAUGCAGCAAGGAAGCAGCAGGGAGGGACUGAUCGUGAAGUGCAACGAAGAAAUGUCGUUUUUGAGACCCGAUGAGCAGGAGGAAGAACUCAGCAGCAGAAAUGGGGUGGAAGAAACCGUCUGCACCCGCAAAAUCAGGUACGACAUGAACACUCACAAAGAGUCUGAUCUCUACUCCAGGGAGGCCGGUAGAGUUAACAUUGUCAACGAACACAAGCUCCCUAUCCUCAGGUUCUUGGGCAUCAGUGCCGAGAAAGCCCACCUUUUCCCGAAUGCAGGAUACAACCUGCAUUGGUCGAUGACAGACCACAGGUUGGUGUACGUGGUGGAGGGAGAGGUGGAGGUCCAAAUAGCAGAUGACAAGGGGAAACAAGUGUUCAACGAGAGAGUGUCGAGAGGAAACAUGUUUGUGAUCCCUCAGUUCUACUCGACCAUGGCUAGGGCGGGGCCGAAGGGGGCGGAGUGGAUCACGUUCAAGACGUCGAACCAGCCGCGAAAGAGCCCGGUGGUCGGGUACACGUCGGUGUUCAGAGGGCUGCCCCAGCAAGUGCUGGAGCAGGCGUUCCAAAUCUCACCAAGAGAGGCGCAGGACCUGAAGCAGGCCAGGAGGCAACAGAGCUUUCUCCUCCCUCCCUUCUCCGGAAGCCGCAAAUGAACACAACACGAAGGGGCUUUAAAAUCUGCAGCUCCAAAUGGUUUUGGUGCUGGUGAGUAGAGAAAAAUAAUAAGGCCGCGUUUGGCUAGCUAGCUCUGUGUUUGUUUAUCUUUUGGGGUUGCGGGUGAAAUCAAGAGUCUUAAAAUAAUGUUAUCUCCAUAAAGCGCCGUAAUACAAUAUGUAAUAAUAUAUGCAACCAAUAAAACAAAUGUGGCCGCCCCUUUACUUCU